AAAACUCUAUCCUUUUGCUUUAUAAUUUCAUUAACUUUCUUCACAGAUAAUUUCCAUUGCAGGUCUUGAAAGCAUGGCCGUUGCAAGCUUUAGUUUACCUCUUACAUAUUUCCCUCAACGUCACAAAUUACCAUUUUCUUGUUGUUGCAGCAGCUCAGUUAAGCAGUCAAAUUCUGUGCCUUCAAAUUGUAUAGCCAACAAAGCGUUGCAGGAAAUUCAAAAUUCUGGUGUUAUUGCUUGCCUUCGAACCCAAAAUGCAGACCUGGCGACUCGAGCUGCACGUGCCGCAUUGGAUGGUGGAAUAUCAGUUCUGGAAAUUGUGGUGUCCACUCCAGAUGCUUUUGAGGUGUUAAGAAACCUAGUACAUCAUUAUCCUACAAAAACUUUCGGAGCUGGAACAGUGUUACAAGCAAAAGAUGCCAAAGAUUCUAUAAAGUCUGGAGCUAAGUUUCUGAUGAGUCCUGCUACAGUUAUGGAUAUUCUAGUUGGUGUCUCAGAGAGGGACGCUCUAUAUAUACCUGGGGUAAUGACCCCCACGGAGAUAUUAUCUGCUUUCAAUGCAGGUGCCAAGAUUGUCAAGGUUUAUCCUGUCUCUGCAUUAGGUGGCGUUGAGUACAUUUCAGCCCUGAAAAGGCCUUUUUCUCAUAUCCCUAUGGUUGCAUCACAAGGCGUAACAAUAGAUUUGGUUGGGCAAUACAUUGGUCAAGGCGCAUCAGCAGUUGUUCUAUCAGAUGCCAUAUUUGACAAAGAGGCAAUGAGUCAAUGGAAUUUUGAUAAGAUAUAUCAACUUGCGAGCCAUGCAGCUUUGCAGGGUAAACAAGCUGUUGAAAGCCAAGGUCAGAACAUUAGCUGCUGAUGCAUCUUUCGAUUUGUUAAAUCCUCAUGGAACUGAAGGUAUUUUCAAGAAACGAGAAAUGAGAUUAAGACAUCCUGCUCGAAAUUUGGAAAGAUAGUUGUGCUGAUUUUGGUAUGGAGAGCUUUACUCCCCUUACUGGGACUCUGCGCGAAUCCAGCUUAAUCGAAUCCAGAUUAGUCGGACCAAUGGACUUUGGAUAACGGAGGUUAAACCGAAAAUAAAGGCUGUGUUGGUUAGUUUGUCUGUUGGCUAUGCGCAUGUGUUACAGUCCAUCAAGUCGUGCAGGCAUGUAGAUUACAAGCAAAUGCAGAUUGCUAAAUGAGCUGCUCUUUCAUAACUUCAUUGUUGUUUUCGUCUAACCAUUCAGCUAUUGAUUGCAGUUGCAGGCUGACUGAACUUUUAGUUUCCAUAUCAUCAUACAUAUGUACAUAAAUAUAUAGACAAAUUUAUGUAUUCUUGAUUGCGUGAUUCGUGUGGAAUCAGAUACUAGGGCCCCGUUUGUCCAUAAA